GGCUAUGGUGAGUGCUGCUGCUCUGUCGCGCCCCACGCCCAGAGGCUGAGCCCUUCCCAGGCCCCAGCUCGGCCACGCCGCCUCUCCUGCGCCUUUCUUGGCUUUGACGCACCAGUCCUUCCUUUGAGCUCUUUCCCGGAAGAGUAGGGCCUCCAACUUUAAGAAGACAAACAUGGCAUCAAGUUCCCAGAGAAAAAGAAUGAGUCCUAAGCCUGAGCUUACUGAAGAGCAGAAGCAGGAGAUCCGGGAAGCUUUUGAUCUUUUCGAUGCGGAUGGAACUGGCACCAUAGAUGUUAAAGAACUUAAGGUGGCAAUGAGGGCCCUGGGCUUUGAACCUAAGAAAGAAGAAAUUAAGAAAAUGAUAAGUGAAAUUGACAAAGAAGGGACAGGAAAAAUGAACUUUGGUGACUUUUUAACUGUGAUGACCCAGAAAAUGUCUGAGAAAGAUACCAAAGAAGAAAUCCUGAAAGCUUUCAAGCUCUUUGAUGAUGAUGAAACUGGGAAGAUUUCGUUCAAAAAUCUGAAACGCGUGGCCAAGGAGUUGGGUGAGAACCUGACUGAUGAGGAGCUGCAGGAAAUGAUUGAUGAAGCUGAUCGAGAUGGAGAUGGAGAGGUCAGUGAGCAAGAGUUCCUGCGCAUCAUGAAAAAGACCAGCCUCUAUUAAGAUCAGUGUCUUCUUUUUCUACUGCAAGCACAUGUAACUAGAUUAGUGCCUGCCAUUGUGUGAAAUCUGGCUUUUGAGAAUACAAACUUUUCCCCCACUGACCUCCCUUUAUCACUUUAAUAGUGACCUUGAGUCUAUUUUAGCUGUUUGGAAGUGUUCUUUGAUAUUACAGUUCUUUGUAAAAUGACCUGCGAAUUACCCUAAUUCUCAAAAGCAAAACAAGAGCACAUUAGCGUGAAGAAAAGGAUCUUAAAGCUUUGAGCACCUGCCAUUUUGCCUUGCAUUGUUUCCCUCUUAUCAUGCAUUUCCACAUAUCCACAAACACAGGACGACUUUAGACAAGCACAUGUUACACUUGUGUCACCACAAGCAGUCAUUCUUGAGUGGCUCCAGUUUUUAUUUGACACUUGAGUUUAGUUUUCUCUUUAAUAAAACCCAGUGAAGUCUUGCACUGGCAUUUGGAUGUAUGUUAAUGCUAUUUGUUUUGUCUUAAAAAUAAAACCUUUCUCAGUUUGAACUUGU